CUUUCGCGUUGUCUGAAGCGGACCGACAGCUACGUUUGGCCUGUGACGCACUUACGUCAUUGUCGGUGUGCGGAAAGAGUGUUUCUUUCCAAGAGAGAAAACCAAAGCGGGUGUUUUAAUAAUAAGGCCACUCAUAGAGACCUUUCUCAUUGUACCUGCUCUAAUGGCGGACCUCCAAACGGACAGAGGAGCCCUGAGCGGUCAGAGCGUUUCGUCGGACAACAGCAUCGAUAUCGACGAGAAAGAGUUGGAGAAUAUCACAAAGAACCACCGAGGAGACGACAAUUCAACGCUGCCGUUACACUCACCUUGGACCUUUUGGUUGGACAGGUCAUUACCAGGCACAACUGCUGCAGAAUGUGAAUCCAAUCUGAAGAAGAUAUACACAGUGCAAAGUGUUCAGCUCUUCUGGAGCGUGUACAAUAACAUCCCACCAGUCACAGCCCUUCCUUUGAGAUGGAGCUAUCACCUAAUGCGUGGAGAACGGAGACCACUUUGGGAAGAGGAGAGCAAUGCAAAAGGAGGUGUAUGGAAGAUGAAAGUACCAAAAGAAAGCACUUCUGCAGUUUGGAAAGAAUUGUUACUUGCUACAAUAGGGGAGCAGUUUGCAGAUUACUGCACCUCAGAUGAUGAGGUUGUUGGCGUCAGUGUAAGUGUUCGAGAUCGGGAGGAUGUCGUACAAGUUUGGAACAAAGAUGCUUCUCUUGCUAAUGAAGCAAGUAUCUUGGGGAAAAUCAAUGAGCUUCUCCCAUGCAUAUCUUUUAAAGCAGUUUUUUAUAAAUCUCACAUGGAACAUCAUGCCUUUGAAGGAGGACGCUCAAGACAUUAGAUAAUGCACUUUUUAUUUUUUAUUUCAACUGUACCUGCCUUGACUUAAUGACACUGUCCACAAGAGAAUUAAGGGUAUUAUCAAUAUAUAUUAUGACUAUCGAAUGACUGAUGCCUUGUUUUUCUUUUGACCGCUCAAAGAAUGUACAUCUCAGCAUUUAGCAUUGAUUGAUUCAUAGUGGUUUUGUCAUGUCACUGUCCCACAUAGUUCACAGCUUUCCUUGUAUAAACGUAGCUGCUAUGUUAUAUUCUACUUUCAACAAAUGUUAACUUUUAUUCACUCAUUCAAUGUUUAAAUUGAAUAAGAUUGUUAGGUACCAAAGCAGUUUAGGAAGGUUGUAUAAAAAAAAUGAAGAAAAUGUUUGUCAAAUUUCAAGGGGUGGCAUGAAUGUCCCCAAUGAGUUCCUUGCAUCUUCAUAAGUUGUAUUUGAAAUGUAAAAUCAGGGUAACACAUUGAUGAGAAUCAGUCCUCUGUGCCCCUCAGUUAUAAAGCCAUAUGCAGCAGUAAAAUGGAUAUUCUACCGUCAAAUGUCUCUUUGAAUGUUUCAACCACAGCACAGUUGACAUUUUUUAAUGUCAAGUAGUAAAGUAGAACUCCACUUUCCCAAAUAAAGUCACGGAUCAUUUGAUAAAUUAAAGUGAACAAAAAUUGCACAUUCUCUGGCAUUGAUUUGUACUUGUUUGCAGUACCAAUAAAUCAGUGUUUUACUCCC